UAUGGAAUAAGUGUAACUAUCAUGUGAUUGUCAAGUCAGAUCGUAGCAAGACAACAAAAAUAUUAAAAACUCCAAUUGAAACUUGAAGAGAUUUAAGCUAAAAAUAUGAGCAACAAAACCAAAAAGAAUACCAAUGGCGAUGGCGGCAACAAUAAGCUGGCCAAACAGCGUUCACAUGACUCUGAGGACUACAGCUCAUUCAAAGUGGUCCUAUUCUACUGCUCACUUAUUGUUUUCCUUCCCGUGGGAACGUUUUUCGUGCUAAAAGGCUUUGUGUUGGAUCGAUUCUUUACCAUGACAGAAAUCAACGUCAACAUUGCAGCUGCAGUUGGUGCAGUAGCCGCAUUGCAUAUAGCCCUGGGCAUUUAUAUUUAUCGCGCAUACUUCGGUGCAUCUUCAUCCAAGUCACAAUAUAAAGAGGAUUAGGCGAAUUCUUCUAAGCUUUAGUAGCAUAAGUGUUAGGUACAAUAUUUACAACAUAUGUAUUUAGUUGUGACUCUGCCACUGUUGCGCGAGGUAGGGUGAGAGCUGUAAUCGUGUGUUGUUGUGUGACGUGUGUAAUCAAUUUCCAUUGCAUAAUUUUCGAUAUCAAAACACGCGCUACACACAUUGUAUAUUUGCUCGCCAGACCUAUCCAUCUUUGUUGUCAGUGUUUUGUGUCCAAGAUUGUGUAUUAAAAAAGACUUAGA